AUGAGCUCUUCCGAUUUUGCCGUUGGUUCUCGGGAAAACCCCGCGAUGAUAGACGCAGACGACGACGAAGACCCUUCAUCCAAUCUCCUCGACGGUUCUCACGAGAAUCACGCGAUGAUCAUUGAAUCAGAUUCCGAAGACGAAGAAGCCCCUUCACACGAUACUACGCGUUUGGAUGCACUCUGCGAAGUAGCGGAGAUGAUUCGGAAACAGAACGAGGAGAAGGAGGAAAAGUGGAGACUUGAUCGGGAGGCUUCAGAUAGACGGUAUGAGGAGAGGCAAAAGAUACAAAGAAAAGAAGCCGCUAGGGAUUACGCUUACAGUUUGCACUCUGUUAAGAUUCCUCAGAAACAGAGUAAGAAACAAGAAGAAACAGAGGAAUACGACGAAGAAGAAGAAGUGAAAAGAAAAGGAGAGAGUCGGCUUCAGUUUCACGAAGCUAAGAAAGCAAUCAGGAAGAGAAGGUCGAGCGGUGAAAACAACACAUCAAGCGUUGGCAUCGAGCUGAAUCUGACGGAACAGAGGAAAGCUCCGACGCUAAUGGAGCUCACCACGAGACUCCUCGCCAAGAACUCCGAUGCGAUCGAGUCUCUAAACCUCGUCCCUGACCACCUGAGGACGCAAAUCUCGAAUCUUGCUAGCGAUUUAGGCAAACUCGACAAAAAAUUUAUGAAUCUUCUGAUAGAGGACUCUCCCUCCGAGGUUUACGCGAGGAACUGCGUCGAUUUACUCGAGGAAGACCUGACCGAGAUCCUCUGCGGCUGCGAUGGAUCCACACUGAAGGUGUUGAAUCUCAACCUCUGCGGGAGAGCCAUGACGGAGCACACCAUCACCGAGUUCUUGAACCGGUCGCCGAGCGGAUUCCCGUCGCUGACUUCGCUCACGCUUCAAGGAGCGUUCUGUUUAACGGACAAUGCGUUGGAGUUGGUUUCGAUCUCAGCUCCUCUGCUUCGGUUUAUCAACCUCUCAGACUGUUCUUUCCUCUCUUCCCGAGCUGUGAAGAUCCUCGCUGAUUGCUUCGGUUCGACUCUCAGAGGGCUUAACAUUGGAGGAUGCCAAGGGAUGAAACCGUCUAACGCUGUUUUCAAGAGGAGCUUGAGAGAGUUUAGCGGUUUGAGCUAUCUCUCUGUUGCGAGGCUUGAAAGCGUUAACGAUGGAGUGAUCGAGUUUCUUGUUCACCGUGGCGCGAACCUCACUGGACUCUCUCUCGCUUCUUGCAAUGAUGUGACUGAUAACGCAAUUUGGACUAUUGGGAGAUAUUGUCCAAAGCUGGAAGCUCUUGACAUCUCGGAGCUGUAUGAUUUGACUGAUAAGUCGUUGGAAUAUGUUACUGAUGGUUGCAGAUGUUUGAACUCUGUCAAUCUUACGAAAACCCGGUUUAGUGAUGAAGCUGUUGCUGCGUUUCUUGAAGUCUGUGGAGGUUCUCUUGACCAACUCUGCCUUAACAAUGUCCGAGACGUCGGUCAAGAUACUGCGAUUUCGCUUGCAAAAUCUUGUAAGAGGUUGCGUUAUUUGGACCUCUCGUGGUGUCGAAAACUGACAGCGGAAGAACUAGCACGGAUCUUGAAUUGCUGCUCGUCACUUGAAUCGCUUAAGCUAUAUGGAUGGACGCACGUGGAGGAUGAGUUUCUUGAAAAGCUUUCAAGAACAAAAGUUCGCAUCUCUGGAUUGAAAAUGACUUCGGUUUUUGCUCAUCUUGAUGACACUUACCAAAGUAUAGAUGCCAAGUUCUGUUGA